UUUAAAAUAUUUUUACGUGACGUAAAAGCUUCCAAUAUUUAAGAGCGUCGUCGUUUUAACUUUUCACAUUCUCUUUCUUCUUCUCCUGUCUCUCUCUCUCUCGGGGACUUGCAGUGUCAAAGAAGUGGGCGAAACCCUAGCUCAAGCCCAGUUCAAGCCUCUUCGAGAUGACCCAAGACGUUGAGAUGAAGGAGCUCCCAGCUCCCUCCAACUCCGCUUCUUCUUCUCCUCCCUCAACUCUACAACAUUUGAAGGAGAUUGCAUCUCUCAUUGAGACUGGUGCAUAUGCCCGUGAGGUUCGUCGCAUUGUACGUGUGGUCCGGCUCACCCUGGCACUGAGGCAGAAAUUGAAUGCACCGGUUCUCUCUGCAUUCCUCAAUUUCACUCUCACCCAGGGAUCUGAGUUGCACAGUCGUUUGUCCUCAUAUCUUCCCAAGGAGGAUGAACAUGACAUGGAUGUUGACACUGCAACAUCUGCGACUCAAACUCCUGUAAAGCACUCCUUGCCAGAGCUGGAGGUUUUCUGCUAUUUGCUUGUGCUAAUAUUUCUGAUUGAUCAGAAGAGAUACAAUGAGGCUAAAGCUUGUGCCUCGGCAAGCAUUGCCCGAUUGAAGAACGUGAAUAGGAGAACUGUUGAUGUGCUAGCAUCCAGGCUCUACUUCUAUUACUCUCUUAGUUAUGAACUCACAGGGGAUCUUGCUGAAAUUAGAGGUAACCUCCUCGCCCUCCACCGGAUUGCAACCUUGCGCCAUGACGAGUUGGGUCAGGAAACACUUCUUAACCUGCUACUUCGGAACUACCUUCAUUACAACUUAUAUGAUCAAGCGGAGAAGCUUAGGUCCAAGGCACCUCGAUUUGAAGCCCAUUCAAAUCAGCAGUUCUGCCGCUACCUCUUUUACCUAGGAAAGAUCAGGACAAUUCAGCUGGAGUAUACAGAUGCAAAAGAAUCCCUACUGCAAGCUGCUCGGAAAGCCCCUGUUUCGGCACUUGGUUUUCGAGUUCAAUGCAACAAGUGGGCAGUCAUUGUUCGCUUACUGCUAGGAGAAAUCCCUGAGAGGACUGUGUUUAUGCAGAAAGGCAUGGAGAAGGCUUUGAGGCCAUACUUUGAAUUGACAAAUGCUGUGCGCAUUGGUGAUCUGGAGCUUUUCAGAAACGUGGCUGACAAGUUCUCAAGUACUUUCAAUUCAGACCGGACGCAUAAUUUAAUUGUUAGGCUGCGGCACAAUGUCAUAAGGACUGGGUUACGCAACAUCAGUAUAUCUUAUUCCCGUAUUUCUCUGGCUGAUGUUGCAAAGAAGUUGAGAUUGGACUCUGCAAACCCUGUUGCUGAUGCUGAGAGUAUUGUAUCAAAGGCAAUCCGAGAUGGUGCAAUUGAUGCCACAAUAGACCAUGAAAAUGGAUGGAUGGUAUCAAAGGAGACUGGGGACAUCUACUCUACAAAUGAGCCUCAAUUUGCAUUUAACUCAAGGAUUGCUUUCUGCCUCAAUAUGCACAAUGAGGCAGUGCGGGCUCUUCGAUUUCCACCGAAUUCCCAUAAAGAGAAAGAAAGUGCAGAGAAGAGGAGGGAGAGACAACAGCAGGAGCAAGAGCUUGCAAAGCACAUUGCUGAGGAGGAUGAUGAUGAUUUCUGAUUGUGUAGUGAUCUGCAAAAGGCACUUUAUGCUUUCCAUCAAGUUUUCUCAUUGUUUUGACAUUCCCUGGCAAGAUGUUUCUAUUUACUGGUUUUUUUACUGUCAUUAGCCCUUUCUUUUAAUGUUAUGUCAUAGGUUAUUGUUUUAAAACUGACCGACCAGUUUUUUCAUCACAUUGAAUGAUAUUCUGAAGUUCCAUCUGUUCUCCUUGAA